AUGCGACUCUGCUCCUGGCUGCUGGCGCGGUCGCUGCGCCAGGGCUUCCAUGAGAGCCCGGUGAACCCCUUCGCGAAGGUGCAAUGGGUUUCGACGCCGUUUUUGAAGAAGAACAUGCCCACAGUGUCGCCCCUGGCCACGCCGCACCGCAGCCUCGGCGUAGUGACGGUGAUGGACACUCCCACCGGCCACUGGCACGUCAUAGACGCGGAUGGGAAGACAGUGGGAGGGGUGGCGUCGCACAUCGCAGUGCUGCUGCAGGGCAAGCACCUGCCGACGUACGACUCCACGCGCGUCAGCGGCGACAACGUCAUCGUGGUGAACGCGGUGCGCGUGGUGAUGAACGGCCACAGCUGGGACACCAAGGUCUACAAGUUCGACCGAAAGGCGCACCCGAAGGGACCCAAGAUAAUCACCGCCAAGACCGUGAUGGCGCGCAACCCCGCGAUGAUCAGUCCUGACCCGACGCAGAUCAACAUGGCCGUGAAGCGCAUGCUGCCGCGGAACAAACUGAGGCCGCUGUGGUACAGGCGCCUGUUCGUGUACGGUGGCGCGAUCCACCCGCACUGGGACAUCCCGCAGGUGGUAGUGCCGGUGUCGCAGUCUGCUCUGGACGCCGACACUGGUAGCGGCAGCGUGGCCGCGCCCAAGCCGACUGGGGAUCCUUCCGCCACGGAUUUGGUGUCCCAUCGCCCAGCCAAAGCGCAGCCGAGCGUCUUCGGGUGUUACACCCUGUACCCAGCCUAG